UAGAAUGUAUUUUUGGACAGUGACAUUAAGCUUCACAUGUUUAUAAGUAGAAGUUACAUAAAUAAUGUAGAGAAAGGUAUUAUUGGUGGACCGGUGGCGGGGAAAUUCCCCGGUACUUGAGAGACGGGGACUGAGGAGCUACAUACAAUGUUCUCUGUUUGGCAUAGAAGUGUGCCUCAGGUGGCACGAGCUGUGAAUGGAGCUGUUGUAGUUUCUGCCCGACAUCAGAGUGCUGCUGCUUCCUCCAGCCCUGCUCCUGUGAAGUAUAAGCCUUAUUCACCUUUCCAGAACACUUCCAAUGUUGCAGAAUAUGCAGUGGCUAGACUUGAUGACUUAAUUAACUGGGGACGCAAGGGUUCAUUGUGGCCAUUGACCUUUGGUUUGGCCUGUUGUGCAGUAGAGAUGAUGCAGUGCGCAGCUUCCCGGUAUGAUAUAGAUCGGUUUGGAAUUGUGUUUCGAGCCUCUCCCCGUCAGGCAGAUGUUAUAAUUGUGGCAGGAACACUUACCAACAAGAUGGCACCAGCCUUAAGAAAAGUCUAUGAUCAGAUGCCUGAACCAAGAUGGGUCAUUUCCAUGGGGUCAUGCGCUAAUGGUGGUGGAUAUUACCACUACUCCUACUCAGUAGUGCGAGGCUGUGAUCGUAUCAUCCCGGUAGACCUGUACGUACCAGGUUGCCCACCAACAGCUGAAGCUCUUCUUUAUUCUCUCCUGCAACUACAACGUAAAAUCAAGAAGAUGAAGACACUCCAAAUGUGGUACAGAAAGUAAUUCAUGGCUAGGUUCAUUCAUAAUCUGUUACCCAGUAACUCAGUUUUGAAACAAGGUAUUCAGGAAAUAAGUGUUGAUGUUUUAUUUAAUUUAUAGUGUAAACAUAUUCACAAUAUAGUCUUUACUUCUGAUUUAAAAGCUAUAUUUCAAGUCAGCUGUUCAUCAGUAAAUUAAACAGGAAAAUGAUUUCUUUUCCCAUAUCUUUUGUACAUAUCAGAAUUACAAAAUUUCUUAUGUUUCUAUAUAAUGGCAACACAAUGUAUUGUAAAUAAAAUAUACAUUAUAA